UCAGCUUCAAGUAAGUUAUUAGAAAAGAUAGACAAAAUACAAUAUCAAGCGUUAAGAUUAUGCUGCGGAGCGAUGAAAACAACUCCAGUCUCGGCUCUACAGGUUGAGAUGCCACUGAAGAUUAGAAGAGAACAAAUAGCAGUAAUAUAUUGGGCGAAUAUUAAAGGUCAUAGCAAAAAUUAUCCUCCAUAUUUAACGCUAAAACCUUGUCAGGAAAAGGAAAAGAAGAAUACGAAUAGUUUUGGAUGGGUAAUUUUAAAUAAAAUAAAAUAAAUUGGGAUUGAUAAAGUUCAAAUUAGUUCGGUAGUUGUCUCUCCUGCCAUCCCACCAUAUUAGAGCAGGCUGAAGUUGACUUAAAAUUAUUGGAAAAGGGAAGAGAGAUGGAAAAGAAUGAAGUGGAAAGUUAUAUUAAUAAAGAAUAUUCAAAAUAUAUCCAAGUAUAUACAGACGCUUCAAAAAUGUCAAAUAAUCAAGUAGGGAUAGCGUUUAUUGCUCCAGAUUUGAAGUUAUGGAAAAUAAAAGAAUUAGUGAUAAACUAACAGUGUAUACAGGCGAAUUAAUGGCAAUUUUAAUAGCCUUAGAAUGGAUAGAGGGAAUAGGAAGAGGAAAGUUUGUAAUUUAUUCAGAUUCUAGUAGUGCAUUAAUUAAUAUACAAGGAAUGAAAUUGGAAGUUAGGUAAGAUAUUAUAGAGGAUAUAGUUCAGAUAAUUUUCAGGGUUAAGACGAAAGGAUCUCAGAUUAAAUUAAUUUGGAUUCCUGCUCACAUCAGUGUGGUAGGAAAUGAAUUGGCGGAUAGUUUUGCUAAGAGAGCCUCUAAUAAGGAAAUUGUUGAGUUAAAUAUUAAAAUAAGUAGGAAUGAGAUAAAAAGUGUUGUUAAGGAGUACAUGAAGGGAAAAUGGCAAGAACAGUGGGAUAGAGGAGAAAAAGGGAGAUUUUAUUAUAAAAUUCAAAAAAGAGUUGGGGGGUAUAGAAAAGGUAAUAGGAAUAGAAGGGAAGAAGAUAUUAUUUCCAGAAUCAGAUUUGGGCACACAAGGUUAAAUAGUACUCUUAAGUUAAUUAAUAAACACAGUACAGGUUGUUGUAAAUAUUAUGGAGAGAUGGAAACAAUACAGCAUGUAUUUUUAGAAUGCAAUAAGUAUGUAAGGGAGAGAGAGAUGUUGGUUAAUGAGUUGAAUAAUUGUAAAUUAGAUUUAGAAGAAAUAUUUCAGAAAUCAUCAGGAGAUGUAAUAUUUGAGAGUAUUUUUUAGAUUUCUAAGAAGGACGGAUAUUAUGGGGAGGAUAUAAGCGUGUGGUCCAUACUCCAACCUGGAAGGUGGCGGUAAUGCACCUGUAAGUUGUUUGCCAACCGCCAUAAAACAACAAGAAGAAGAAGAAGAAGAUCGCUGUUUCCUCGCCUCUGAUUGGCCACUGCAUCUGCUGCUCCCCAAACCAAGAUGGCGCCGACCCUGGUGGAGCAUGUUGUCGCGGACGCUGGAGCGUUUUUAAAGCAAGCCCAGCUGCAGGAGUUUGGCCAGAACAUCUACACCCUGCGGGAGGUUCUGGACGAGAUCCGGGAUAGAACCACCCGGAGGAGUCUGGCCGUCCUGCCGUACCAGCUGACCUUCAGAGAGCCGAACCCGGAGCACAUCAGAACCGUGACAGAGUUCUCCAAGAAGACUGGCGACUACCCCAGCCUGUCCGCCACCGACAUCAAGGUUCUGGCUCUGACCUACCAGCUGCAGCUGGAGCACGUCGGGUCGCAGAACCUCAAGGCGGAACCGGACCUGAAGGUGACCAUCCAAAGCACACAGCGCCACCCAGAGGCUCCGGUCCACAUUGCGGGCUUCCAUCUUCCCUCCAGGAGGACUGUGGACACUACGAAUGCCAGACACACUCGGUCGGAACCAUCCACUCAGACAGACCCGGACCAGUUCAACAGCUUCCAGUUCUGGAGGCAGCCAUUGCCGAGCCUCCAGGGAGACCUGCUGGACCUGCUGGAUCCGGCCGACCCGGAUCAGCAGCCAGACAUCCCGGCAUCCUCAGAGACAGACGAAGACUUCAGCAGCUUCCGGUUCUGGAGAGACCCGGUUCCCAGCGUGGACCAGGACCUGCUGGCCCUCGUGGAUGUGGGCGGAGCCUCGACCCAGGUGGAGGAGAGGAGGGCGGAGCCUGGGCUGGCAGAGGACCAAUCAGACGACGAUGAUGAUGAUGAUGAUGAUGAUGGCUGGAUCACUCCCAGCAACAUCAGGCAGGUGAAGAUGGAGUCGUCUGAUUGGACGGAGGCAGCUGAUGUCAGAGUGGGGUGCCUGACCACCGACUUCGCCAUGCAGAACGUUCUGAUCCAGAUGGGCCUCCAUGUUCUGUCCGUCGGCGGCCUGGUGAUUCGCCGCGCCCGCAGCUACAUCCUGCGGUGCCACGCCUGCUUCAGGACGACCAGCAACAUGAGCAAAGCGUUCUGCCCUCACUGCGGCAACCAGACCCUGAAGAAGCUGGCGGUUACCGUUGGCGAUGACGGCAGCAUCCAGAUGCACUUCUCCAAGAACCCCAAGGUCAUGAACCCCCGAGGAACCAGGUACUCGCUGCCGCUGCCUCGCGGCGGGAAGCACGCCGCCGACCCCCACCUGGUGGAGGACCAGCGCUUCCCGCAGCAGCGGCUCUCCAGGAAGGCCCGGCAGAAGACGGACGUGUUCGACCCGGACUACGUGGCCGGAGCGUCGCCGUUCUGCCAGAACGACGUCUACAGCCGCGCCGCCAACCUGCAAAUCCGUGACGGGCAGAGCGGCGCCGGCCGCAGGCGGGCCAACCCCAACUCCGCCCGCAGGAAGUUCCUCAAGAAGAAGUGAUGGAACCAGGUCCAGCUCAGUUCUGGACUUUGGUUUCAGAUCAUGAAAAUGAAUUUCUCUCUUUGCGUUCUGCUCAUAUUUUCAAAACUCUGAACUAAACUUGAACAUCUGGGUUCACUUGUAGGACUUUUCUAGAACCCGUUUCAGUUCUUGGAUCAGAACCUCCUGGCUAAAUAAAUGCUUCGUUAUUUUUAUUAUUACUAUUAAAUUUAGUUUGAAUGCU